AUGUGCACGCGUCGACCGAGUCCGCAUCCAGACCACCAAGGUAACCAGCAACAGGGCAAAGACAAAGCAGCCGAGGAACACGGCUAUGGUGCGCUUGUACUGGGCAGUCUUUGCACCGAUCCCGUGGUUCCGGACGCCGUCUUCGGAAGCAUCGAGGUUGGUUAUUUUGACAUAGGCGAUGUUGGGGCGGUCCUAUCAGUUGACCUGCGCCUGUCCCGCAGCGGCAAGGUCACGGUGCGCAUCUUCUUUGCGCUGUCGGGCUACGGGCUCUCCGUGUCGCCGAGCAAACAUCUGGCCUCGCCCGGAGGAGCCGAUAAGCUCCGCUACGAGCGCGGUUCGCGCUACGGCCCGCACCUGUGGAUGAUCCAGACCGAGUUCCGUUGCGUCGGCAUCCUCUUGUCCGUGCUGUGUGCGGCUUCCGUUCUACAGCGCCCUGCCGCGCGGCCAAUGGAGCGCUGA